AUGCAGAAUUUGAACUUGGUGCAGUUACAAGUUUGUCAGCAAGAUAUUCUUAAGGCUGAUAUUACUGUGAAGAACCAUAUCGAAGAAAUUAGGCAGCAAAAAUUUAUGUCACAAAAAGAAAUAGCACAAUGUACUAGACACAUUAAAGAUGAAAUGGCUCAACUUGCUCAUUUAAUUGAUGCCUUAGAAAAAUUUGCAAACAAGAUAAGUUUUCGAAAUGAUCGUAUCGAAUUAUUGGCUCAAGUGAGAGAACAUCGGAAUGAAUUAGAAAAGAAUCGCCGAAUGUUUCGUCAAGCAAUUUUGGAGUUUUUGAAAGUUGUGGAAGAACAGUCGCGCAGUUAUUUAUUGCAAGGAUGUGAUGACUCUCAGGAUAUUGAAUUCAGAAAUCGUAGAAAGCGUGCUGAAAACUUGAAAACGCAAACUUUAAAAGCAACCGAAAGUCUUGCAUCAAUGGUCACAAAAAUGAGCAAUCAGUUAAAGCUCUCCGAAGACACAACUUCAACACUGAUUCAUUCCUCAUUUCUUCUUAAAGAUACAGAAUCUGAAUAUUCAUCAAUGGGCGCGCAUAUACAGAGUGGUGGAAAGUUGAUAUCGAAAUAUGGUCGACGAGAAUGUACAGACAAAAUUUUAAUAGCUUUUGCUUUACUGCUAUAUGUUGUUGUUAUAUUUAAACUAAUGGAUGAAAAACCGGCAAAAACCGUAGAAACAGCUCGAGCAGAACUUAUCGAAUCGUUGCGUAAGAAUAAGGCGGAAGAUGCGAAGCGGUUGCUACAAAAAUAUGAUACGUUAAGAUCUGGGAAGGAUGAUUCUGGUCGAAUAGCAAUUCAUUGGGCAGCAAGUGGUGGUUGUUUAGAGAUCGUACAGUUCUGUGUAUCGCAACAUGAAGAUGAUGCUAUAGCAUCGGACGAUAUGGGUUGGACACCGUUGAUGAUUGCUUGCUCAGCUGGACGAUUGGAAGUAGUUCGGUAUCUGAUCAGUCUACCAUUGGUGGAUGUUAAUACGCCAAAUAACAAUAAGCAAACUGCUUUGCAUUAUGCUGCAAGUAAAAAUAGACCACAAAUUACGACAAUGCUACUGAAAAAUGGUGCAAACGUAAAUGCACAGGACAAUUAUCAGGCAACACCAUUGCAUCGGGCAGCUUCUCAAGGUCAUGAAAAGAUUGUACCUAUUUUAUUGAACGAACCAAGUUUGAGGAUUAAUCUCACUGAUUCUGCUGGUUGCACAGCACUACAUUUGGCAGUGGAAGAACAACGGGAAGACAUUGCUAUAUUGCUGGCGGAACAUGGAGCUGAUUUGUAUUUCCAAAAUAAGGAAAAACAGACACCUUUAGCGCUAGUGAAAACUAGCGAAUUACAAAUGAAAUUAAAAGCUGCUGCUGACCGAUAUUCAUCAAAAAUAUGUUAA